UUCGUGUUUUAUCGCAGUACGAGUGUAUGUAAUAAACGUUUCAUGAAUAUUAAACUUAACGGACAAUGCUAGUAAUUUUAAACAAUUUCUCUAUUUUGCUUAUAUAUUCUACAUUGGUUUGUUUAUUUUAUAAACUUACUGCAUUCGACAUUUUUAUUACGGCAAUAUGUUAAUGGAAUUAUCAACUCAUGUAUCGUGCACAAACUUUUUGUGUGCAUUGUACAAUAGGACAGAAAAGGAUAAAUAUUCUUUCUUCACGAUAGUCCAAUGUUUCGCGCCUGACAUGUUUGUGUAGUUAUAUCAGCUGUAUCUGUUCUCUUUCCUGUAAUCGGAAAUGUCAAAUACGAUAACCUAUUUUGCUGUUUCACAAAAUUAUAUAAGAUUCGUUUGUUGAAAUGUAUAUGCAUGAAAUUUUUCGAUGAGGUUGAAAUUUCAUACGUACAAAAAAAUUCUGGUGGAUUUCAUUACGACAAGUUUGCCGACAUGAUUUUCCAUAGAAAUAAAUACAAGAAUAAAAGAGACUGCAGAUAAAUCAUAUAAUCUAUUUUUACAAUAUAGGUUUUUAUAAAAAAAAAGUGUUACUAUAAUUUACAAUCGAUAUUCGGUGAAAGUUCAUUAAAAAUAUUUUACGAAAAUGACUGAAGAACAAUUGCCACCAGAAGUAACUAAGCAUAGUUUUCGUCAAAAAGUAUGGGAUUAUUUGAUGAAGAAUGAUUUAGUCAAUUUUCCUCUUACUGUUUAUGAUCGUAUACCGAAUUUCAAAGGUGCUGCCGAAGCAGCACAGCGCUUGGCAGAUUUGGAAUUUUUCAAAGAGGCAAAAAUUAUAAAGAUAAAUCCAGACAAACCCCAAGAACCUGUAAGAUUCUUAGCAUUAGAAGCUAAUAAGGAAAUAUUAGUUCCAAUUCCCAGACUGAGAACUGGUUUGUUUCUUCAUGUUACACCAAUCGCCGGUUGCUCGAAAAAUGAAUUGAGGACAUUAUCAAAAAUUCAUGGCUUGACGGAAGCUGGUAAACCACUUGGCGUAGAUUCUAAAAUAAAGAUAGACCUUGUGAUAUUGGGAUCAGUGUGUGUAAGCCGUGAUGGAUACAGACUUGGUAAAGGCAAAGGAUUUGCAGAUUUAGAAUUUGCUACGAUGAUGAGGAUGGGUGCAGUCACACAGGAUACUAUAGUUAUUACGACUGUGCAUGACUGUCAAGUCUUUGAUAGUCUUCCAGCUGAAAUAUUUAAAGAAUACGAUGUACCUGUUGAUAUAAUCGUUACACCUACACAAACAAUAAUAGUAAAUCCAAAGUUAAAGAAGCCUAGUUGUAUUAUGUGGCAUAUGCUUAGCGAAAGAAGAAUUAAAUCUAUGCCGGUAUUACAACAAUUAAAACAAAUGGAUGAAAAAGAAGGCAAAAUAGUAACUCUGAAGGAGGAGGAUUCAGACAUAGAAAUACAAAAGUCUUAUCGUUCUCAUUACAUAAAAAAUAAGAGACGUUUCAAAACAAAAAAAGUUGCGUCAAGUGGUGACGACGUUAAUGAAGAAAGAGGGAAACAAGUAAAACCACAUUUUCCUAAAAAACGUGCAUUCAAUAAGUUCGAAUCAGGGGGCGAUAAUGUAUUUUCCGAUGUUGCAGAAGAGAAAGUGGAAAGAAACGAUAGGAAUAUGCAGCAACGUCGUAAAAAUCUAAGACUGAAGUCUAGAUCUCAGUUUGAAUUUUCCUUAAAAUUGUCAAAUAUUUCAUCUGGUGCCAGAAUACGUGAUUUGAAAAAUGCAUUAUUGGAGCGUGGUAUAAAACCAAAUGAAAUAACCUGGCUAGGAUAUCGCGGGAUUUGUUAUCUUCACUUCAAUAAACUUAGAAAGAAUAAUAGUUUAUCGGAACAACCGAUACAGGUUGAUUCAAUAAUGACAAAUUUACAACAGCUAUGUAUUGGGAUGAAAUCUAGCGGAAAUGUGAACGAUUUCAUAGUAGUAGAACCCGCUAAACCAAUAUCUAGAAUCGAAGUCACGGACGUGACUUCGGUUUAGAAAACAGUUGAAUACAUUUUAGAAAAUGUGCAGUUACUUAGAAUAAUACUUACUAUUCCAAGUAAUUGUACAAUCCCUGUCGGCAUUCGACGCAUAUUUUUUUUAUAAAUGCGUUUGCUCUGUCAGCGACUACUAACUCUGUAAAUUGAUGGUUGACUACAAGUUCAAAGUGUACAAAGCUUUAUAAAUAAUUUAUAAUGUAUUUUCUAUACAUAAUAAGUGCAAAAUAAUCGUACGUGUUGUAUAUAACAAAUUAAGUAUGUGUAAUUAUCGUUAAGAUAUCUAAUUUAUAACAGCCUAUUUUUGAUAGUUUGCAUCGGAUAAAAAUUCAUAGGAAAAUUAGUGGUUCGUUCGGAAGUCGAGCCAGAUUUGCUCAACUGAAUCCAAAUUUGAAGUGUGUAUUAUAUUUAUACGGGUGAACUACUUCUCGAUAAAAAUUGCAUGUGUAUUAUUUUUAUCGAUAAGCUUAUGAUAAUCAUUAAUAAUUAAUAAUUCGAAUUACGUUUACUGUGAUCAUAUAAAAGAUAUUCAACGCUAAAGAUAGCGGAUUUAAACGUUUUCUUGUAAAAUAUAUUACACGAAGAUAAACAAUCAUGUAAGAUGCAUAUCUAGCACUUGAUAACGCUUAUCUGACAUUACAGACUGACAAAUAUAGUUUAGCUAAUCUGUAGGUAACAUGCGAGGCAUACGAAAGUAAAGCCAAUACUUUUUGUUUAUGUAUUUAUUAGAUAUUCUAUUUUUCUGAAAGAAUAUUUUGAUAUUGCUGUACGUUGUAGGCAUAUAUGCUUUGCCAAAAAUUGGAUAAUGAAGAGAGGUAACUAGCGAUAACGUGAGUGUGGUAGCCGAGAAAAUGGCAAUAUUUUUGUGAUAUUAACAGAUAUGAUUAAUUAUACUUAGAACACAAAUACAUAUAGGCAAUUAUUAUUUUUA